CUGCGUCUAAUAUGUCAGCUCACACCAGCGUUCUUCUUCUCAUCACUCUUUGGGCUUCCAUGGAGGAUGGUUUUGGUCUUCCGGUGAUGAAGCAGCCGGGAGUGGAGGUUGAUGACGGUGUCCCCACACAGAGAGUGAGGACCAAGCGCUGCUCCUGCAGCAACCGGCUGGACUCUGAGUGCCACUACUUCUGCCACCUGGAUAUCAUCUGGGUCAACACCCCCAGUAAGACAACAGUUUAUGGUCUUGGCAGCGCUCUGUCUCGACGCAGAAGGUCGACCGGACGAUGCACCUGUGCCGGCCCUGAUGAUCAAACCUGCAGAAACUUCUGCCGUCACAGCAGUCCUGAAAUCACGUCCCCAAAAACAUCUGGAAAGAGACUUCAAUUCAAAAUGUUCAACAUCCUCAGAGCUGCAGGUCAAAGAGAGCCCAGGAUUCAGCUGAUUCAGGCGAGUCCUCUCGGAGGAUGAACACUCGCUAAACAAUGUGCCAGCUGAGGCAGCGAGAGAGAG